UAGAAGGCGCACCGGCGACAUGAGCCUAUCUGAAGGGCCGCAGUAUGUAGAAACCAGAAAGUAGAAAAACCCACUGCCAUCCUCUCUUAGUCUUCGAUCUUCGCAAAUACUAUCAUAAGACUCGACCUUCUUACUGCGAGCCUCAUCACACAAUCCACUUAAUACAAACCGAGAGGAUGUCGACAACCAUCACCCAGGCCCCGCCAACAGCCCGGGGCAGCCUCCCCGUCGUCGUUUCUGGCACCGCCAACAGCAACAACAAUUACGACAAGCCCUUUCACCCCGGGGAUGCGAUCAAUGAUAAGCCCUUCCAAGCCCUGGCACGGGGCACCCGCAGCGGCACUCUCAAACUGCGCGGCAUCCCCACCUUCAGCGACGUCUAUGCCCAACGGCAAUGGAUGAAGGAGCACAUGGCGGCCGCCUUCCGCUACUUCGGCAAGAAGGGCUACGGCGAGGGUGUAUCUGGACAUAUUUCGAUGCGAGACCCCAUCCUCAAAGACCACUUCUGGAUCAACCCCUUCGCCAAACACUUCUCGACCAUUAAGGCCUCGGAUCUGGUGCUGGUGGAUGACGAGGGCUAUGUCACCGAGGGCGGCGCCCAGCUGCCCAUCAACGAGGCCGGCUUCAUGAUCCAUUCGGAGAUCCACAAGGCGCGGCCGGAUGUCGUUGCGGCGGCCCAUACGCAUUCCGUGCAUGGGAAGACGUGGAGUGCGUUUGGGAGGCCGGUGGAGAUGUUGACGCAGGAUGCAUGCAACUUCUAUGGCCGACUUAGUGUAUAUGAUGAUCACGGCGGAAUUGCCCUCGCGCAGGAUGAAGGAAGGCAGAUUGCUGAGGCCCUGGGGAAGGAGAAUGUGGCGUGUAUUUUGCAGAAUCAUGGCCUGCUGACCGUCGGCCGCACCGUCGACGAAGCUGCAUUCCUCUUCUCAAGCCUCGAUAAUGCCUGCCAUUCGCAGCUCUUGGCCGAUGCGGCGGCUGCGAAUGGUGUCCCCAAGAAGAUCAUCACGGAUGCGGUGGCAAAAUACACGGCUGAUUUGAUGCAGAACCCGCAUAAUUUCUAUACCGAGUUUCAGCCGGAGUUUGAGCUGAUUGUUGAGGAGACUAAUGGGAGGGUUUUGCAGUAAGGUUGGGUUCUUGCUCGAGGGGCUUGUCAGGGCAGAUUUGCUGUGGAAUCUGCUUCGGUCAACUGCGAGGUUUAGGUUGGUGGCAAGCAGUGUCCUAGCUAUGGGUUGUGCUAGGUGUGCAGCGUAAAAUUAAAUGUCCAAACCAGUACGAUCGAUAAUUUUAUGAAUAACAUGAC